AUGGGGCCCAUACGCGUUGAACGGGCCCCUGUUGUGGGUCGUGUGUAUAGCGUGAUUUGCCCGGUAUGCAGCAACAAUGUCACCUUUGACUGUCUCAGCAGGUCUGUGUACGGCAUUCAGUGCCAUUUCUGCCACACUGUGAUUGACUUGCGUAACCCGUCUGUGCCUCUCCCUCCAAACGACACGGGUGUACUCGCCGAGCACGUCAACGGUGACUUUUUUUUUUCACCCGAGGUGGAGGAGUCGGGUAGAGGCUCCGCCACGACGCAGCUCUCCAUGGUGCUUGCGGAUUUUGCGGAGCAGCAACAGAAAGAAAUGCCAACGACCAUGGGCGGGGAAGCAAGACAGGCAUUUUCAGCACGCCGCAUACAAGCUCUUUCCGAGAGGUUUUCGUUUCUUUACCCUUUGGUGCACGUGAUUGAGUACAUUGUGUUUGGAACCAAGCCGGUUGCAAGAAUAGGCCACGUGCGGAUAUUUCGUAAGCGGCUACUGUUUUUUUGGCCGGUGAAUAUACCCGUAACAAAAACCUCCGUCUCAUAUUCUGCCCCACUCACCGUUGCCAUUCUUCUUUACUUGAUGAUCACAUUUUACACCAAAUCACUUGAUGACGAAUGGAUGUGGUGCAUGCAGCGCUACACGACUUUUUUUUUGGUGUUAUUCAUGGUUCUGUUGGUGUGUUGUGUGUACACGGACCCCGGCUUUGUGCGUCCUGCGUACCUGGAGACCAACGGCAGUCAUAUGGGUGAGUUAACUCUGAAAGAAAUUGAGGCAAAACAACGGGAGAGUCGCUGGGAGAUGGUGAACGGGCAACCAGAGGAGCGCAAGUGGUGCUCGACGUGUGAAAUUUAUCGGCCUGUGAGGGCGGCGCACUGUUACCUCUGCGGCUUGUGUGUCCAUGACCACGAUCAUCACUGCUCCGUGAUCGGUGUAUGCGUGGGGCGUCGGAACGUACGCGUCUUUUUGUUUUUUGUUAUUAAUACUGCUCUCUUGGCGCUGCUUCCCGGAUUGUCUCUGCUGUUGAAGCUUUUUCUCGAUGCAAACUCCCUCACCGCGCGGCAGCUUGGCAUUGGUUUGCUGUUGAUGGCGGUGUUGUUGGGUUUGGGUCUUGUGGUGGGAUUUCUCAGCCUAACGAUUUUGUAUUCCCUCGCGGUGGAGACGACAACACGUGAGCGCCUGCAAAAUAGCUACGCGAACAAAAAGAACCCUUUUAAUCGUGGUUUACUGCGGAAUAUCUUGUGGCAUAUGUGUUAUCGCAGUCCACCUUCUCUCUUUGAUGACGACUUUGUGCAGUUGUGUGCCACGCAGGCGUAG